GUUCUUCAGAGAUAUAAAGUGCUCCCAGCCGUCAGAUUGACCAUUGAGUAAUAUAUUUGUUGGCCUACCCUCUACCUUUCCUGUUAUUUGGAAGUGGAAGGAAAGGAUCCCUAAUUCAAGGUCCAAUCAAUCGAUUCUUCUCUUUGCAGGGCUUCCGAAUCUUUCGAAGUUCAGAGAUCUUUUUGCGAGUUGGCAUCUUAACUCAGGUAGGGUUGUAUAUUGAAGGACCUGAUUCAAGUUGGAAUACCUCACGCAGUGAACCUCCAAACCCUAGAAAAGGAGAGCUUUUUCGAUAAGAUUCGGGGCCGGUGGGUACAUUUUCUUUGGGCAGAGGAAAUCAACUCAAAGUUUUUGUUUGGAGUCGUACGGAGGAGUUUUAGAAAUAUCUGUUCUUGGAUCCUACUGCAUCGCUACCAUUAUCGUUUUUCAAAUGGCAAAUCAAUCCGUGGAUAAUGGUGCUGCGGGAAGCUUGGAAAGGAUACAACUGGGUGUUAAUGUGGAUAGUUUUCCGGUAGGAACUUCUGCAUCACUCGACUUGGAUGCAAAAGCUACACCGAAUCAGAAAACGCAGAGGAAGAGGAAAAAGACUUGUAUGGAUAUGAAUUUCAGUUGCGAGGAUAAACUGGCUUUUAUCAAUGAAUGCCGACACGAGCUUGAUGGAUUGUUUGAAUUCUACAAAGAGUUUUCUUCCUGCAAGCUACAGCUUGAAGAGGGACAUUUUAAUUCUUUGAAUUCAGCUGUUGCAUGCAUGCUGGAGGAGAGCAGCCUUUCUUUCUCAGCAUUGGUGGAGGAAAUCUAUGGCAGAAUGAAAGCAAAAGAGGGAAGCCCAGGCGCUACAUUGGCAUCAAUACGCAGUGCUGUGCUUUUUGUUGGUCAGAGAAUUUUGUAUGGGGUGGUGAUUGAGGAUGUUGAUGUGUUAGAAGAUGUAUCUGAUAAGUGCCUCUGGUGCUGGGAGACAAGGGAUAUGAAGCUUUUGCCCAAAACUCUUCGUGGUUUUGUUAGUGUUCGUCGGAUAGGUCGGAAAAAGAUUCAUGAGAGAAUUACUGCGCUUUCAACCACAAUUUCAGCUUUGUCAAAUCAGGCUGACGAAAAUCACCUAAGUGAUCUAACUAAGACAUCACAGAGGCUUAAAAAAGCAUUGAAUUUGUCAGAAAUUUGUUUGUUGAUUGAAAAUUUGAAGCAAAAGAGUAGUAUUGAGAUGGCUGAGAAGGAAGCCAAGUUAAAAGAAAAAGAACUAGUCAAGCAAAUUGAGAGAAAUAAACAGAAUGCUGAGAUGGAGAGGAAAAGAAUUUAUCAAGAGACCCAAAAGGAGCAGCAACAAGCUGAAAAGGAAUUAAAGAGGCUCCAGGAAGAAGCUGCAACAGAGGAUAAACGUCUUGAAAAAGAGAGGGCUGAACUUAGAAAACAACUUAAGAAGCAAGAAGUGCAAGCAAAAAGGGACCAACAACGACAUGAGAAAGAAGCAGCAGAACUGAAAAAGCAAAUUAAAAUACAAAAACAAGCAACAAUUAUGGAACGAUUUCUCAAGCGCACAAAGGUUAAUGAUUCUUUUGAUUUAACACCUUCGAAGGAGGCAAUGAUAUCUGAAUCAAGUUGUGAAGGUGAGAGUAUGGCUAACUCAACUUCAUCCUUGAUGGAUCAUGCACUGUCGCUGCCUGAAAACCUCACAUUGGAGGAUCUACGCAGAAUGCAUAUUGUUAGAUGGCACAAGUGUUGUCAUUCAAACAGAUCUAGCAGAUGGGGUGUAAGAUCUAAGCCAAAGGUUAACUUGUUGCAUGGCUUGAAAUUGCUUGGACAAUCAACUGAAGCUGGCCCUCUUGAUAAGUUCUCAUUUCUAGACAAAGAUCUCACAGACAAGAAACCUAGAUAUUCAAGUGAAACAGUGUUAGACCGACAAUUGGGUGAAUGUGCCGAGGCUGUCACAAAUUACAACAAAUACCAUACUAGUUUAGAAAAUACAUCUGCCAAUUGUUUAGUUAAAAAGCUUCUGCAGUUUGACAAGAGUAACCGGCCAGCAUAUUAUGGUACCUGGAUCAGGAAAAGUAUUAUUGGUCCUCGAAAUCCGUUUCAGAAAGAUCCUGACUUGGAUUAUGAGGUUGACAGCGAUGAGGAAUGGGAGGAGGAAGAACCAGGUGAAAGCCUAUCAGAUUGUGAAAGGGACAAGGAGGAUGAAGUGCUGGAUAAAGAAAACACGAAGGAGGGUAGUGAUGAUGAAAGUGAAGAUAGUUUCUUAGUGCCAGAUGGAUAUCUCUCAGAAAAUGAGGGGGUUCAAGUCGACAAACCUUCAGAUUUCAUGGAUGAGGAAUCCAGGAACUUAACUACGUGCACUCAAAUGGAAACUGAAAAUGAGGAGUUAAGAACAUUUUUUCAACAACAGAAGUAUCUGAACAAUUUGACAGAACAGGCUCUUCGGAAAUGCCAUCCACUAAUUAUUACAAAUCUAAGGCAUGAAAAAACAGCAUCACUAAAUACCGAUUUUGUAGAUGGAACUGCUAGGUUGGAACAAAUCUGUUUGCAGGUUCUGUGUAUUAGGAUUUGCCCUGGAGGUUCAGAUAUUGAUAAACCCAGUGAUCAUGUCGUAAGUCAAGAUCAAGAACAACAAAUUUCACCGGUUAAAAAUCUAAGCCAAUCUUCAGCCGCUUCGGCUGUUAUUCCUGAUUCAGAAUUGCCCGAAUUUGUUAGAGCAAUCCAAUCAUCUCCACAGAGUAUCAACAAGGUUGUAGAAUCAUUGCAACUUAAGUUCUCAAGCAUUUCUAAAUCUCAAAUAAAGAAUAAAGUUAGAGAAAUUUCAGAAUAUUCAGACCAUCGCUGGCAGAUUAAGAAAGAGGUUUUAGAUCGGCUUGGCUUAUCCAUCUCCACUAACAAAAGCAAUAAGGAGAAAGGCAUUGCAAGGUUCUUCACCAAACGCUGCUUGCCUCCAAUGGAAGUGCCCCUUAAGUUUCCUGAAUCCUCAUCUGAGCAGCCCAGUAAGAAGCAAUUUAUCCAUGGCGAAACAGAUCAAAGUACCACCGCAUAAUAAUCUGCCAACAAGCUCAUUUGCGCCUUGAAUCAUGCAAAAGAUCAAAGAGUCUAUCUAAUAUAUGUGAAUAUGCAACUUGGUAGAAUUGACGUGUGUAUCAUAUACUAAGAGGUUGUGUUGGUAUGUAAUUUUGGCCAGUUUUUGAGGCUUCUGCUUAUAAUAUGCUGAACUGGAUUUUGCCUAUACUAGUUCUCUUUGAUCACACUUGUUUUACUGCAAACAACAUGAUUGAAGAAUGUUAAAUUCUAAAAUGUUAGUAAUUGAAGGAAUUGGAUCACAAAUAUGCUUAAUGGAUUGAGUACUA